AAAAAAAGGUUUUCAACAGAGUAAACUUACAGAGGAAAUCAAAAUCGGUACAAAGGAGGGAGGGAGCAAGAGAACCCCUAACGCAGUGCAAAAGCUUUGGACUCUGGGGGUUUGGAAUCUUGCUCAUUCAUUCACAGCAGAGAUUUUCUUCUGAAACGGACUCGUUAAUAAGUAGGUGAGUUUUUCUUCCAGUACCGCUUAUGUAACAUGCUGAAGUUUCUCUAUAAAGCUAUUCACCAUGGUACUUUUUGUUGUACCAUUAGAGCCCCUCAGAAUUUAUACACUGUUGAAACCCUCCCAUCGUUGUUGUUAUCAUCUGUCAGAUGCAUAUACAUUUCAAGCACUUCAAAUCAACACUCAUUCACAGUCUCAUACCUCAUAAACACAUGUGGGUUCUCAAGGGAAGCUGCUCUAUCAGCCUCCAAAAGUGUUAAUUUUGAAACCCCUGAUAGAGCAGACUUGGUCAUUAGCUUUUUCAAGAACCAUGGUUUCUCGCAAACCCAAGUCUCAAGCAUCAUCAGAAGAUACCCUCCACUGCUGCUGUCAAAUCCUCAAAUGAACCUUUUGCCCAAAUUUGAGUUUUUCCGAUCCAAUGGCUUUACAAGCUCUGACAUUGCCACAGUGUUAACUAGAAUUCCGCACAUAUUGAAAAGAAACUUGGAAAACCACAUAAUUCCCUCUUUUGUUUUCCUUAAGAGUUUGCUUGGAACUAAUGAGAACACUAUUAUUGCUUUGACACGUUUCUGGUCUAUUCCCGUGGUUAAACUUGACACUUGUGUGAUUCCUAAUGUCAAUCUUCUGCGAGAAAUUGGAGUUCCUGAAUCAAUUAUAUGUGGCUUUAUUAAAAAAUGGACUAGAGCUAUUACGACAGAUACAGUUCGAUUCAAAGAGAUUGUUGAGGGAGUCAAGGAAAUGGGAUUCAAUCCUUUGCGUUUAAGUUUUGUUCAGGCUGUUUUGGCAUAUAAUGGAAUGAAUAAAUCCACAUGGGAGAGGAAGGUCAAUGCUUAUAAGAGGUGGGGUUUGUCUGAGGAAGAGAUUCUUGUAGCAUUUGGAAAGAGCCCCCAGUGUAUUACAGUAUCUGAGGAUAAGAUUAUGCGGGUGAUGGAUUUUUUAGUCAACGGGAUGGGUGUGGAGGCUUCCCUUAUUGUCAAAUGCCCAACACUUAUAAGUUUGAGCUUGGAGAAGCGACUUAUUCCAAGGGCUUCGGUUAUUCAAGUUUUACAAUUGAAAGGUUUGGUUAAGAAGAAUAUGUACUUGCCUAGGGUGUUUGUGUAUGCGGAGGAGUUGUUCCUACAGAAGUUUGUGAUGUGUUAUAAGGAGGAAGCGUCUGACCUUUUGAAGCUAUACAAGGAAAAAUUGGAUCUUUAGAAAAUGACUACAAAAAUGAAUAUGUAUCAGGCAAGGAGUGAAAUGAAUCAGUUAUAACCCACAUUAUGAAUCAAAUUUUCCUUCUAUAUAGUUACUUGAUCCAUUAGGAUCCUUUGGUGUUAAUCUUGCUUUAGUUUACGCCCAGAGUACAGCUAAUUUAAUUCCCAUAUAUGAUCACCUAGUGCUUUUUCACCAAGAUUGGAGAAGAGAAGUAUUACUGGGUUUUAUGGAAUUUUUGUUAUUGAGACUUUUAUUUAAGAUUAACUUUAGAGUGACUUGUUUGUUUGAGGACCCUGAAAAGUUAUUCCUGCAGAAAUUGACGAAUUAUUUGGAGGAAACUUCUUAGCUAUUGAAGCUAUAAAGGGAAACCGGAUCUUUCAAGCUAAGCAGGCAAUUAGUAAGAGGGAGCUUGGAUACAGGCAUGCGGCUGCUGUAAAUAUUUAUGUCAUGGAUUCGAAAUGCUGUGUUAUUUUUAUUGUGUUGCUCAAUCCCAUUGUUCUUGAACUUGCUUUGGUUCAUGUCCAAGAGUGGAAUUAAUUCAAGCUAGUUAUGCUAUUCGUAUU